AUGGAUCUUCAUAUCAGUAGGAGCAGCAGCGACCAGCAGGCAUACGGCAGCAUGUCAAAUAAGCUUGAAGGAAAAGAUGUCGAUGUCGAGAAUUCCAGCACACACUUGGAGAGAGGUCUCCAUAACCGUCAUCUUCAAUUCAUUGCUAUCGGCGCAGCUGUCGGAACGGGAUUAUUCCUGGGAACAGGAAGCGCUCUGGCCACCGCAGGCCCUGCCUCUCUCCUUAUUGCAUUCAUAUUUAUCGCCACUAUUCUAUACAGUGUUAUGACUGCUCUUGGGGAGAUGGCCGCUUAUAUCCCAGUGGCGGGUGCUUUUACCAACUACGCCUCUCGCUUCAUCGACCCUACGUGGGGGUUUUCCAUGGGCUGGAUCUAUUGGUUCAGUUGGUCGCUUACAUUUGCGUUGGAAUUGACGGCAGCGGGUCUCAUCAUUCAAUAUUGGAACAAGAGCCUCAGUGUCGGCAUCUGGAUUGCUGUCUUCUGGGUCGUGUUUACCCUGGCCAACUUCAUGCCUGUUCGGUGGUUCGGCGAGUUCGAAAUGUGGCUGUCCAGCAUCAAAGUCGUCACCAUCAUCGGAUUUCUCAUUUUGUCCAUCUGCAUCAACGCCGGAGUCGGCAACUCUGAUCAGGGCUAUCUGGGAUUCAAAUAUUGGAAUGAUCCCGGAGCGUUUGCUCAGCAUUUGGUAGAUGGAUCGACUGGAUGUUUUGUGGGUUUCUGGGCGGUCCUCAUUACAGCCGGAUUCAGUUUCCAAGGAUCAGAACUGGUUGGAAUCGGCGCUGGUGAGACCAAGGACCCUGAAAAGAGCAUCCCAUCAGCUAUCCGAGGCACAUUCUGGGGUGUCUCAGGUCUCUUCAUCUUCACUGUCUUCUUCCUGGGUAUCAACAUCCCAUAUACGAAUAGCGACUUGACGAGUGACUCGCAGGAUGCUUCAGCAUCACCCCUCGUGCUAGCAGUACAACUCGCCGGGAUUCCCGUACUGCCAUCUAUCAUCAACGCCGUUCUUCUUACUGCCGUUCUGACCGCCGCCAACUCUGACGUCUACUCAAGCAGCCGCAUCCUCGUCUCCCUGGCUGAAUCCGGCCACGCCCCUUCAAUCUUCAGAAAGACGAACCAUCUAGGUACUCCCUACUACGCAGUGGGUGCGUGCUCUUGCGUUGGGUUCUUAGGAUUCAUGAACCUGUCAGAAAACGGAACCGUCGUCUUCAACUGGCUCUUGAACAUUAUUUCGGUGGCGGGCUUUAUUGCUUGGGCGAUUAUCAACUAUUGUCACAUCCGCUUCAUGCGAGCUCUGGCAGCGCAGAAUAUUCCUCGCUCAGACUUGCCGUACAAUGCUCCCUUGCAGCCAUACCUCUCCUGGUACGGUCUGUUUUUCAACAUAAUCAUUAUACUGACAAACGGAUUCGAGGUGUUUAUGAACUGGGACACGAGUGCAUUCUUCACAAAAUAUGUGAGCCUGAUUAUCUUUUUUGUUCUUCUUAUUGGGCAUAAACUCUGGAAGCGUACCAAGCUGGUUCCUCUGAACGAGGUUGAUCUCGUCACUGGUCGUUUCAGGUCAGAAUAG